AUGCGGCCAGUCUGCGCCACCAAUUCCUCUGCGUCAUCCUCCGCCUCCAAAGGUGUUAUCAACGCGCGACAUCCCCGACCCUUCAGAUGUUGUCCUUACGCAAGACUGCCUUGUAUGGUGCUCUGGUCGUCGCUUUGGGCUUCUUUUAGACCAGCCCUCAGAGUCUGGUCGUCGCCCCAAGCUCAAGCUGCCUCUGCCUACGUCCGACAUCGCAUCGCGAGCCCGUCCCUCAAAGUCCUUCAGGGGCUGCCACCUAUCGCCAUGCCGCCUCCGACCUAUCCCAAGUACGAGGGCGGCACUCCCUCUGCCGACCACCUGUGUGUGCUUGUUCACGGGUUGUGGGGAAACCCCGAUCAUAUGAGAAACGUCGCCAAGAGCCUGCGCAGCCUGUAUUCCUCGAGCGAGCUGCGUCUGUUGUUUGCAAAGCGCAAUAUUGGAAGCUUUACCUAUGAUGGCAUUGAGCGUGGUGGUGAGCGUAUCUGUUCCGAGAUCGAGGAGGAAUUGCGCGCCGUGGAGGACAGCGGCGGCAAGAUCACCAAGAUCAGCAUCGUUGGAUAUUCUCUCGGAGGGCUGGUCUGCCGCUAUGCCAUCGGCUUGUUGUAUGCCAAGGGCGUCCUGGACCAGCUUGAAUGCAUGAACUUCACCACGUUCGCCUCACCCCAUCUCGGGGUUCGCACACCCCUCAAGGGCUGGCACAACCACAUCUGGAACGUCAUGGGAGCCCGCACUCUAUCCAUGUCCGGAAGACAGUUAUUCACCAUUGACAACUUUCGCGACACUGGCCGGCCGCUGCUCUCCGUCCUCGCAGAACCAACCUCCAUCUUCAUGCUGGGCCUGCGCAAGUUCAGACGCCACACCCUGUACACCAACAUCAUCAACGACCGGAGUGCCGUCUACUACACCACCGGCAUCACAAAGACCGACCCGUACCGCAAGCUGGACACGGUCAAGGUCAACUACCUCAAGGGCUACAACGGUGUCCUCCUCGAUCCUGGCAACCCGGUCCAACCGUCGCCCAAACUCCGCGGCCCAGCCACCAUCUCCUCCGUGACGGGCUCCAUCGUCGACUGGAUCAAGCGCAUCCCGUUCAUGAUCACCGUCGCCGUCUUCGUCCCCAUCGGCGUCCUCGCCUACCUCUGCAACUCCGUCAUCCAAAACAUCCGCAGCUCAAAGCGGAUCCGGCUCUACGAGCAGGGCCACGCAGGCGUCAGCAUAGACGGGUACCGCGUGCCCGUCUUCAUCAAGGAGCUUCGCGAGGAAGUCGAAAACACGUACGAGGCACUCAACAGCUCCCAGAACCAAGAGUACCUGGCCACCGAGGACGAGGACGACGUCGACGCCAUGAGCGCAGAAGACAGAAGGCUGAUACAGCGCGAGAGAAGGCUGUCCACGCCGACGCAGCCGACGCUUGCGCUGACGGCGCACCAGUUUGAAAUGAUUCGGUCGCUGGACACGCUCAAGUGGAGGAAGUACCCCGUCUGGAUUCACAACCAUAGACACAGCCACGCGGCCAUCAUUGUGCGCAUGGAAAAGAAGUCGUUUGAUGAAGGGUGGAUCGUGCUGAAGCACUUUGCCGAGGAGGAGUUUUUGGCCUAG